GUCGAAGACACAGAAAUUGCCACUCUUUCCAAAGUGGAUGUUUUGCUCUCAUUUACAAUUGAAGUGGUUGUUAUGGAAGUUCGUGGUCUGAGAUCAUUAGCGCCAACCCGUAUAGUCUAUUGUACGAUGGAGUUGGAGGGCGGAGAGAAGUUACAGACCGAUCACGCAGAGGCAUCCAAACCAUUAUGGGAUACUCAGGGAGAUUUCACAACAACACAUCCUUUACCUAUAGUUAAAGUCAAAUUAUAUGCCGAAAGUCCGGGAAUUCUUAGCCUCGAUGACAAAGAAUUGGGAAAAGUUAUUAUAAAGCCGACACCACUCACAUCAAAAGCCCCGGAAUGGUAUAAAAUGAUAGUACCGAAGAACGCACCUGAUCAAGAGCUCACCAUCAAGAUUAUCAUAAGAGUGGAUAAGCCAUUAAAUAUGAAACAUUGCGGAUAUUUGUUGGCUCAGGGAAAGCAAGUGUGGAAGAAGUGGAAGAAACGAUACUAUAUUUUGGUUCAGGUCUCGCAAUACACUUUCGCGAUGUGUAGCUAUCGAGAGAAGAAGUCAGAGCCGACAGAAAUGUUACAAUUGGAUGGAUAUACUGUCGAUUAUAUCGAACCAAUUCCGGACCUAGAAGAGGGACGAUUCUUCUUCAAUGCUGUGAAAGAAGGCGAUAGUGUUGUGUUCGCCUGCGAUGACGAGAAUGAGUGUCAUUUAUGGGUUAUGGCUAUGUAUAGGGCCACCGGUCAGGCACACAAACCAACUCCUUUACUUCAAACCCUUUCCAACAAG